GCCUUUUAUCGCGUUUCUCGUGGUUACUGCUGGGUUAUCUCAUUUGUUUUGUCUUGACAGGUUUCAACAUGACGCGAUACCUAGUUUGCCUUUUAAGCUUCAUGGCCACCGCAAACGCAAAGUACUAUUCGUACCCCGAUCACCUACCGCCGGGCUCAGAUAGCGACUUGAUGGAAGACUGCAACAUCCCUUCGAAUUCCACCAUCACCAUCUACAACUUUUGUGACGAUCCCGUAUACUUUAGCGACAAGGGAGAUGGUCUUGGAACUAUGAUAAAGAGCGGCGAAACUUCCGUCAUGAAAAUCACCCCUCAUAAAACGCGCCAAAAUCAUUGGUAUGUGUACGCCAGCAAGGACUCCCGAUACGCCAACAACCCGAUUGUGUUGCGCACCAAACACCAAUCGUGCGAAAAGUUCAUCAACGCCUUCAGUUUAUUAUGGUCGAAAAAUAGAGACAUCCAGUUUGACAAGUGAUGGAACACGGGAUUCAUAGCCGAACCGAACCACGAGUCAUCUGUCAAAAGACAGCAGGACCAAGCAACUGCAACCGUGCGCGGGGUGGCCUAGUCCAAGAUAACGACCUCAAUGCAGUACCAAGCAAGCCUGAUCCCCAAGAAUCACAAGUUCUCAUGGGAGGCGGUAUUUCAGCGGUUUGUGACAAGGGUUACACGGUUAAAGUGAGAUAUCUUGACCUCCGUCUGAAAUCAUGUUCCAUUAGCGAGCCUUAAUAUAUCCCAAGAUGCCUUGUACUCUAAGGCGUAUUUCAUACUGCUAGUAUUCAUAUCCAUGACAACAUUCCCAUCGAC